UGAAAACGGUUCAUAUGACCUGCUAUUCAACACUACCUCUAGGAGUGGGUUGAAGAAAUAUUCGCUGUACUCUCACCUCCCACAACCUAGGAUUUUGACAUUACUAGAAUAAGAAAUAAAAACAGAAAUGUCCACCGCACCGCCUGUUAAACCUCCUCGAGGAAUUAAACCCACGAAAGAAAUUAGUGGAUUGUUGAUCUCAGUAAUAAGAGCUUUAUCAGCGAGCGAAACAAACGAACAGAGAGAAGUUGAAAAAGCAAAACUUGAAAAAGAGUACAAAAGGAGUGAUCAGCGUCUCGAUGAAUUGGUAUCAUUGCAUGAACAAGACCUAACGGAAGUCAUGAAGAUUUUCAGUACUCUAUCCGAAAGAGUAACAGCUUCAAGAGAAAAAAUCCAUGCUGUUAAAGAGAAUUUAAAUGCUUGCAAACAACUUCUGAGGUGCAGGCGAGAGGAACUUAUGAAACUAUGGCUCGAAGGCAUUGAACAUAAACAUGUUUUACAACUUCUAAAUGAUAUAGAUCAACUUCGAGAUGUACCAUCUCGUCUCAGCAACUAUUUAAACAGAAAACUGUAUCUGCAUGCAACUCAAUUGCUUGUUUCAUCGCUGUCAAUGGGGGACGGUAGUCUUGAAGGUGUCGAAGCAUUGAGAGAAGUGAGAAUGGAACUGGAAGCAAAAAAGCAGCAAUUGCAUAUGAAACUUUUGGAGGAGCUCAGUAGACAUUUGUAUCAUGAGAACACGAGAGAAAUCUUCCUCAAAAGACAAGGAUCUGGCCGAGAUUUUCAGCGAGGCAAUGAAUCUCGUAGCUCAAGGGGCAAUAAAGUCAAACGUGCUCUUCUCGAUGUCAUGUCUCCUUAUCCAGGAACUCAGACAUCGAGAGGAAAUAUGAACGUCAAUUUUGAAGAUCUGAGCAAUAUCGUGGAGGACGAAAAUUCGUCAAAUCCAGAAGAGAAUUCGGAACAUUUUAUCGCCAUAAUAAUAGAGUGCCUUGCUUUACUCAACAAAAUACCCGAAGCUGUGGAGGCAAUAAAAGUUCAAAUGCAAACUGAGCUCUUAAAUAUCAUAGCACGAACGUCAGAUCAGAUAAAACGAAAUCAAAAUAAGCAAGCGACAGUGAAUAAGCAAAUGGUUUCACAAAAUAUGGAGAUUUUAGUGAGCGGCACUAACAAUCCAACAGAAGGUCAAAUAUUGUUGUUGGAGUUGCUCAAUACUGUGUUCGAUCAGAUGAGAUUGGUUGCUGGAGCUCAUUCAAUGGCUUUGCGUAGUUUUUCGCACGUUAUUCAAAAGUACAAUUUACAAGUACGAUUAUACGAAAUGCCCGACGUGUGGAGUAGAAUUCAAGCUGUUCUCCAAUUAUUAUUGACAGAAUAUUUGGAUAUACAGAAUAUGAUUGAUGGACCAUUCCACUCGACAACAGUUUUGAACGAGCCUACCAGUGACAUAAAUACUUAUUUUGCUCGAAGAAAACCGCAACGACAGAAAACCGGUCGUCUCUUCAAAUUCGACUCUUCAACACAUCCGAAAGCUUUGAACAGUUAUCUUAAAGAACAUCGAUACAGCAACUUCAGUUUAGUGGAAAAUGGACAAACCGUUGGUGAUAAAAAACUGGUAUGCGAACCUGAUCCGAAGAAUAUAACCUUUAUAUUCCGACCUAUGAUGCAAUUUAUCGAAGAGAUCGAACGAGCUCUUGACUGCAAGCCAGGAUGUCCUUGUACUUUAAACAGUUUUAUUGCUGAUUACGUUAAGGAAAUGUUUUUGGGGAAACAUCAUGUGAUGGUUGCAACAACCAUUGACACAGCGACGAAAGGGUCGGAAGCUUGGCGAGCUACAACCCCACCGGAACUCAUGAAAGAUCUUGGCUUAACUAGACCUCUGUUACAGAGCACUGUAAAAGUCGAACAAUGUGUUGCUGAGCUGAGAUCUUUGAUGAUUGCUCUACCACUGCAGGGUGAACAUUUUUGCACACUAGCGUUGAACGUACUGCACAAUUAUCGAGAAACGUGUAAUGCUGCAUACCGUGGUAUCAUACAACCAGAUAGUGAAGACAAACGGAUAUGUUCGGCAGCGUGGCUCAAAGACGAUGAUAUUAGUAGAUUCAUCAAAUCGCUUCCAAACUGGGACAAUCUCAAGAGCGAAACUUACAAAAAACCAGGAAAACAGACACGUUGGCAAAUGAGGCGCCAAGAAACUCAGGACGAGGAGAGCCCGGAAGAAAUACGUCAGCGUAAUUUACGAGAGGCAGAAAUCUUGGCGAGCAAUCUGGGCGAGGGUGGAAUCAAUUCUCAUGAAAUACUUUCGGACGUUGGACAAUUGAGAAGUCUUGCUUUGUUACAAGAGAGCAUGGAGUGGUUUGCCUUAUCGACGAGAUCCUUGAUCACAGAGUUGCAUCAAGCCAAGAGCGACGUUGAUGGACAAUCUCUUUUGCCUCCCAUGCCAGUAUCACUUGUCGAAUCACUCCAACAAGUGGCUGACGAAUUCGAAGAUCUCGCUGACACUUGUAUACUUGUUUUACACCUCGAGGUGCGGGUUCAGUGCUUCCAUUAUCUACUGCCGAAAGGAGAGUACAGUCACUUGUGCGGCGGAGUAAAAGACCCUCAAGAGGCUGAUCCAAGAGUUGAAGAACUCAGUCGAGUUCUGCAGAACAUAGACGAGGCGUUGCAGUCUACUUUGCACCCGAAAAAAACAAAGUAUAUUUUCGAAGGAUUGGGCCACCUAAUAGCAAAAAUCCUCAUCACUUCUGCACAGUACAUUGGCAAAAUAGACGAGAGUGGUAUACAAAGAAUGUGCAGAAACGUUUUUACUCUGCAACAGACUCUAACCAAUAUAACAAUGGCUCGCGAGCUCUCGCUCGAUUACGCUCGUCAAUAUUUCGAACUUUUUUACGAGACUCCAGAAGGAAUCCUCAACAGCGUGUUGGAGAAUGGUGCACAAUUUUCUGAGCUAGAGUAUAUGAACGCUUUCCAAUUAAUUGCCCGAAGUCAGCAACAAUACACAUCUGUUGCAAAACACCUUGAAAAGUUGUCAGAAAUCCUCGGAGAAAUUGGGGUUACCGUUUAACAAAGAAUCAUGUCAGACCACCGUUUCCUGACACAUUGAUCAAUGAGAUAACGAUAUUUCAGGCAAUUGGCAUGUAUUUUCCUCAUCACGAUACAUCGAAAUUCCCGGAAAUUCCUCAUGUUUCCAAAAAUUUUAGAAGGAACUUCUGUUAAGUGUAAAAAUACGGUAUCGAAAAAACAAACCUAAAAAUGUUUCCCCUCUCAGCUGUCCAAAUUUUGGUACCGAUCAGAAUGAGGGAUUGACAAAAAAAACAACGUGAUAUUGUGUGAAAGAUCAAUUGCACGGGUAAAUGUGUAAAAAAAAUAUUUAUUUCAUCCAAUAGUCGCUCGCUCGCCAGUUGCAUAAUUUUCCACACCAAACUAUACAUAUCCUCAGUAAAUACGGGCGAUGUGAAAAAAGAAACACGAUUCAAAACUGCUUCAAUGUUUUCCCAGCUCUCUUGUUUUCUACACAUUUUUCAGGACCGAAUGGGAAAUCGUUCGGAUGUUAUUUUCAUUCGAAACUUCAUAGUUUUCAUUUUGUCGCUUUAUUCAAAAUACUGUGCCGAAAUUCUUGGACGAAAUUCAUUGAGCAGUCUGUGAUGUGUUGACUAACGCAACAAAACUACGAUAAAAAUGAGAUCUAAGUUAAUCGAUUUAAUUUAGAUGAACGCUUAAAUGCAUAAUUGUAUAUUAGCUCGACAAAAAAAUUUCUUAGAGGUUUGAUAAUAAGAAAAAAAUACUUCAAAACGCCUAAUUGUUAUACUCGUUAUAUCCGCACUUGUAUGAUGGUGAGAAUGUGAUGAAGUUUUAAUAGUGAGUAAAUUGGAACCUUAGCGAAUAUUGUAGAUAAUAGAGAAGUUUAAACAAAACGCUGUUUCUUUUGUAAUAAAGAACCCUUCAUCUUGUUUGGUAAGAAGCAACUGUGAGUGUUUAGAAUUUGUACAAAAGAUUCGACAAAACGAAUUAACAGAAGUAGCUCCCAUUUCGCUAACCAACAUAGCACAUUUUCCAUCGUCGUUCUUCAACUACACGAAGUAGUAAAUUAUUUUUUACCAUUUACUGUCAGGCGCUAAAAACGGCGUGCUAAAGUGGUAGUGAUCAUUGCAUAUGGUUGCGUUGGAAAAAUUAUGAGAUUCUGGAGUACAUUGUACAACGCGUUCAACUUACAACUCAAUGAACGGUCAAUAAAAUUUCUUUUCACUCUA